AUUUACUGCACCUGGUCUCGUGUGCCUUUUUUUUAAGCCUAAGUAUUAACAAAGUUUCCUUUCCAGCAUAUCUGCCAUGCUAAUGGCAGGGUUUGGUUAAAGCAAUCACUGCAUGAUGGAUUAGCCCCUUUUACUCUCGGCAGAGAUCACCCCGAGUCAAGGCCUUGGAAAAAGGAGCAUCUGACAAGGUUGUCUUCAGAGAUGGUUGAGAUGAAACCCUGCUCCCCCACAUGAAUGACAGCCUUAAGGGUGCAAUAUUUUGCCCCUCUCUGCUUUCAGGAGCAAGUAACCCAAUCUGGGUUAUAAAUAGUGCCCUGCUCAUAGGGGGUGGACCAGCCAAGCAGCAAGCCUGGCCAGCUGAGCCAUGACACUGCACAACAACCCGUGGCCUGAUCCAGCCACACACUCCAGCACCCAACCGCCUUUUUUGGGCACAUGCCUUCCAUUCCUGUCGUGUGUGGAGUAGUGAGCAAAAAAGGUGGAUGUGGGCACCACCCCUCUGGGUAAGUCUAGCUUAGUGCCCGAUGGGCCACAUACUCUGGCUGUGGACGUUGUGCUGUGAGCCCCUGAUCAUCUGUAUGCUGGAACUUUCACUGGAACCCGGCCCUGCUGACUGCUGCCAGUUCUCAUUCUGCUGAUGGAUAAACAAACCUGCAAAUGAGGACGUAUCAUGAGAGAGAGCCGGUCUGGGUUGGCCGGACUAAUUUGACCUAUCCCAUGACCCUUCUUGUAAUAUCGGUGGUUGGCAAUCCUUGACUGACUUCUGACGGUGUCCUGAGCCAUGGGGGCCUUUUUGGACAAGCCGAAGACCGAGAAACAUAAUGCUCACGGGGCAGGCAACGGUCUGCGUUUUGGCCUGAGCAGCAUGCAGGGCUGGCGGGUGGAGAUGGAGGACGCGCACACAGCUGUGGUGGGCCUGCCACAUGGCCUGGAUGACUGGUCCUUCUUUGCCGUGUAUGACGGUCACGCUGGCUCCCGUGUGGCCAACUAUUGCUCCAAACACCUGCUGGAGCACAUCAUAAUCAGCAGCGAGGACUUCCGUUCAGGCCCUGAUUCUGUGGAGGGCGUUAAAAGCGGCAUUCGUUCUGGCUUCCUGAAGAUUGAUGAGUAUAUGCGCAACUUCUCGGAUCUACGGAACGGCAUGGACCGUAGCGGCUCUACAGCAGUGGGUGUGCUGAUGUCGCCCGAGCACCUCUAUUUCAUCAACUGUGGAGACUCCCGAGCUGUUCUCAGUCGUGCCGGACAGGUGCAGUUCUCCACGCAAGACCACAAGCCCUGCAACCCACGUGAAAAAGAACGCAUUCAGAAUGCAGGAGGUUCUGUAAUGAUCCAAAGGGUGAACGGCUCUCUGGCUGUGUCACGUGCCCUGGGGGAUUAUGACUACAAGUGUGUGGACGGGAAGGGUCCUACUGAGCAGCUGGUAUCUCCGGAACCGGAGGUGUUUGAGAUCCCACGCGUUUCAAAAGAGGAUGAGUUUGUGGUUCUUGCUUGCGAUGGCAUCUGGGAUGUGAUGAGCAAUGAAGAGCUGUGUGAUUUUGUGCGCUCUCGAUUGGAGGUGUGGGAUGAUUUGGAGAAGGUCUGCAAUUCUGUGGUGGACACCUGUUUACAUAAGGGAAGUCGUGACAACAUGAGUGUUGUUCUGGUUUGUUUCCCCAAUGGACCGAAAGUAUCCGAGGAGGCUGUGAAGAGAGAGGCCGAGUUGGACAAGUUGCUGGAGGCUCGGGUGGAAGAAAUCAUGGAGAAAUCAGGGGAGGAAGGCGUCCCAGAUCUAAGCCAUGUCAUGCACAACCUCCGCCCUGAGAGCAUCCCCAAUUUGCCACCAGGAGGUGGUCUCGCUAGCAAACGCAGUGUAAUUGAGGCUGUUUACAACAGGCUAAAUCCACAUAGAGAAGAAGAUGGGGACAGCCAGGGAGGAGCAGCCGGUGGUGAGGAGGAAGAUGAUGGCAGCACUGCUGCAGCCCACCUGCUGGAGGCGCUACGACAGUUCCGGCUCAGCCACCGAGGCGAAUAUCGGCAAGCGCUGGAGCAGGCGCUCUCAACUUACCGGCUGUCCUGCUUGACAGGUGCCACGACUCGGACCGGCCCCAAGGAGGACCCUCCCUCACCUCCACCAUCUCCAGCCACUGAACCUGUCAACUCUGAGGAGGGACAGGAAGAAGCUGCCACAUCACUGUCUCAGGACAAGCUCUCUGGCGCCCCCACUGCAUGACCCUGACAUCCAAUUUAGUACCCACUAAACCCACCCCACUCUAUCACACCCUACUAUCAAACCCUUACCCAGACCUGCUCUCUGGCCCAGAUUGCUAGGUUGCUUAUCUGUUGGUUAAGUUCCUCUUAGGGCAGUUCCAGUGCAGGUUUUUGGUCAUCUUUAUGGAGAUAUGUUUGUUAGGGUAUCUUGAGUGUUUAGUUUGCUCUGCACGCACCAAGACUCUAUUCAGCCACUCAUUGGUUAAUUUAAUCGAAGGAAUGUUCCGGGUUCAAUACAAGUUUAGCUCAGUCAAGAACAUUUGUGGGUAUACUGUUGAUUACCAAAAAAAAAAAAAAAAAAAAAGUACAUUCGUCCCUUGUUUAUAAAAAGAAAAAAGCAAACAUCGCGUUUACAGUAAGGCACUUACAAUGGAAGUGAAUGGGGCCAGUCCAUAAACAUUAAAAUACACACUGUUUGAAAAGUAUAGUCUCAAGUAGUGAAAAUUAUACAUGUGAGCAUGAUUUUAGUGUGCUAAAAUCAGGGAUUUUCUGGCAUUACAGCAUUUAGCAGAUUACAGGGUUUACCAGCGUUAUGUCGUCAUGAUGAUGUUGUAUUAUUGGAUAUAAAUUUACACAGAUAAGGUUAGUAAGCAAUUUUAUCACACUAAAACAUGUAUGUUACAUAUCGUGGCUGGCUAUACCUCAUGUUUAUGGACUGGGGUAAUCACCAUUGUACCACAAAUGUCAUUGAUUGAGCUUAGCUUGUGUUGAACAAAGGAUAUCCCAUUAUUAUUAAAAGGGGAUGUUUUGAGCACUAUUCUUGGCACUAAAAACCUGCUCUGCAACUGCAUGUGAGGUUAACCUUGGUAUAUCCCAGUUCUGUCUGCAGUAAGCAAUUUUCUGUAUCUCUGCACUUAGUCCAGUAUUUUUUAUAUUUACAAGAGACAUUGUUAUCUAAUAAGUAGUUCUAAAUGUAUGACUUUAGCAGUGCCAUGGAGUUUAAUGAUUUGAUGGUCAUCAUUUUGCACCCAAAGACUUUACCAAUGUACUGUAAAUAGUUAUAUGAUUUCAAUGGGAAUAGUUUGUUAAUUGAGUGGACAGUCUGGGCUGUGCCAAGGAUACAUGUGCCAUGCAAUGCAUGUGUACUCCGCAUUCUGGGUUGUCUUGUGGUUGAUUUAUCGUUUUAGGAUAUUAAUGUGUUCUGUAGAAAGUAUCAGGUACAGCUUGUCUUGUGCUCUUUAAUAUGUUGUUUUGUGUUUGUAUGUCAUAAAAUGUGAUGUGAUAGUGAAUCUGAUCAAAAGCAAUUCUUUCACAAUAUAAAAGGAAACUAAUGCUGAGUGUGUGUGUGUGUGUGUGUUUAUCAACCCCCCCCCCCCCCCCCCUUCUCUUGUCUGCCUUUCAUUGAUUUUAUAAUUUGGAUUGACCUCUCAAAUAUGAUUGUCCUCUGUCUUCUCUUUGAGUGCUCAGGGUUACUAUCCAGGUGUCCCCUUGAGGAAAAAGCACAAAAUGGAAAUGCACUGGCUUUAGAAACUUGGACCAAAUGAGAUUACAGUGGCUCAGUGAAUAUUCUUUACAGAUUACUCUAAGCUCAUACACUCUUUUCCCACAAAAUGCUCUUUGGCUGUAAAUCAGUUCUACUGUUGUACUAUUCCAGUCAGUUAAUGGCUUCACAUUUGAAAUGUAGUAGUCAUUUAUUAAAGGGGGAAAUACAUGCAGACUGCAUUAGCUGUAGGAGAUCAUAUUGCAAUCUAAACGUUAGACAAUGCUGCUACAUGAUCAUUCAUGAAUGUCUGUACUCUGCAGAAGUUGCACAGAGCUUCUUAUCAGUCACCCAAAUGUUUGGAAUUAAGUGUCAUCCCCAAAAUGUCUGAUUUGUUUUGUUUUGCAGAUUUAUUAUCAAAAUAAGCAAUUUGAAGCUGAUUACUUUGGCUUGCAGUCGAUUUCAAAGUUAAUACAUAAUGCAAACUGUGUAAUCCUCUUAACAGUUAAUGUAAGUGCAUGCAUAAUGCUGCAGUUGUUAUUAAACUCGUGUUACUAAUAUGCAGUCUCAGGGCAGAAUCUAAGAGCUUUACUUAAUUGUCUGUUGAGGAUUGUUUGCUGGUUUGGGUUAUGCCCUGGUUUCUUCUAUCCUGGGCAAAAGAUUUAUUUUCAUUUUGUUUCAUGCUGCAGUUCUUUGAACAAAAUAAAUCAAAUGAAACUAUU